AUGGACGGAACCCAACCACAAGAGGUGGACAACUUCAUGUAUCUGGGCUGCACGCUCUCCCUUAACACCAAAGUUGACGAUGAAGUGGCUCGCCAGAUUACCAAAGCCAACCAAGUCUUCGACUGUCUUCAGAACACCAUCUGGAACCGCCAUGGUCUCCAUUUCAACAUCAAAUUGAUGAUGUACACGGUUGUCAUCCCGCCGACGCUGCUGUAUGGAGCCAAGACCUGGAUGGUUUACAUAAAGCAAGCGCGGAGACUCAAUCACUUCCACCUCAGCUACCUUCGACGGAUAUUGAAGAUGAGAUGGCAGAACCGGAUCUCCAAAACGGGUGUACUGGAAAGGACGGUGAAUCCUCAGCAUCUACGCCAUGUUGAGACAAUUGCAACUGUGUUGGAGCGGCCAAGUAGUGUAGAUGGACGACGAGCAGCUACCUAA